UCUCUCUCUCGCGCUCUCUCUCUCUCUCUCUCUUUCUCUCUGUGAUUGGAUAGACAGCCUGAUGGUGAAACUCAACAUGCCAGUGAUGUCAACGACGGACUUCAGACUGUGAACCAUGGGCAACGUGGAGAGCCAGAACGGCGACCAUGCCUUCUACGGUACCCAACAUGGCUACCUGUCCCGCAAACACAUGUCUCGUUCCCUCCGCGUCUCCAAGCACCAGUCCAGCUCCGGUUCCACCCGCUGCACCCACGACCGCCACGCCACUCAGGGCAAAGUAGAACACCGUAACUCUGAGACCUCCACGCGUUCCAGCAGCACCCCUAGUAUCCCACAGUCCUUAGCGGAUCACGCCCUGGAGCCCUUCAACCAGACCAAUGUCCUGUCAGACUUCUCCCCUAUUUGGGUGGACCGCAUGGCCAUGAACCUCCGGCCCGUCUCCUUCCAUACCCACCUGGACAACCCAUCUGUAGGCCCCCACCUGGACAACCCAUCUGUAGGCCCCCACCUGGACAACCCAUCUGUAGGCCCCCACCUGGACAACCCAUCUGUAGGGCCCCAGUUAGACGCAGCAACACCAGGGACUAGACCCCAGUGCCCCCAGGACAGAGGUCUAGGCCUUUACAAUAACACUGGGGAGGGGACCUACCUCCAGAAGACCAGAGACGGACCCCACGAACCCCGGGAGGGAGUUAGCUUCAAGAAGAAGAGGUCCAAAUCAGCCGACAUGUGGAGAGAAGACAGUCUGGAGUUCAGUCUGUCAGACCUCAGCCAGGAACACCUCACCAGCACAGAGGAGAUCAUCGACACGGAGGAGGCAGACGACAGGGACUUCCCUGAUUGUGAAGGCCUGCUGGGGCUCGUGUCCCCUGAGGGUCUGGAGGGCGUGGACGCUGCUGGCAGGGCCAACUCCCUGGAUCAGCUGUAUGGAGGUCAGAAGACCCCAGUGGCACGCUAUGCGAAGUGGCACCAUGACGCUAACCGCGACGCCCGGGACGGAGAGGACGAUAAGAUGCUGUCUCCGUCGGAGGAGGAUGGGAACUCGUACGGAGCGUAUACUCUGCCUUGUCGACGCUCACACUGCCUGUCUGAGGGACUGACCAAUCACCAGGCUGCCUCCUGUAACACCAUGCAGGGCCGCAGAGCACAGACCAUACAGGAUGUGACAGCCGGAGAGGGCAGUGAGUACGAGGACAGUGGCAUCGACGGGGUGACGGCGUCGGGAGCGGAGCAUCACUCCCGGCGCUAUAAGACCAUGUCUAUGUCCUUCUCCGUGUGCUCGGCAGCGGGGCGGAGCCUGUUCGCUGGCAGCGACAGCGGAAGCAGUAGCGGGGGAGCGCCCAGUGAUGGGGUCCAGGGGGUCUACGAGAACUUCAGACAGGUGGGUGGUGGUUCUGUAACUUCCUUUUCCCCCCCCCGUCUUCUCCCAGGAUGCACUCUGUUCUUCUACGAGACAGACGGGCGGUCGGGGAUCGACCACAACAGUGCUCCUAAACAUGCGGUGUGGGCUGAGAACAGUAUCGUCCAGGCCGUACCUGAACACCCCAAGAAGGACUUUGUCUUCUGCCUCAGCAACUCUCUGGGAGACGCUUUUCUCUUCCAGGUAGGUGGUCCAGACGAGCUGGAGAACUGGAUUACGGCCAUCCACUCGGCGUGCGCGGCGGCCGUUGCCAGGCAGCAUCACCGGGAGGACACGGUGCGUCUGUUGAGGGCGGAGAUUAAGAAGCUGGAGCAGAAGAUAGACAUGGACGAGAAGAUGAAGAAGAUGGGAGACAUGCAGCUCAGUGCUGUGACCGAUACCAAGAAGAGGAAGACUAUACUGGACCAGAUCUUUCUGUGGGAGCAGAAUUUAGAACAGUUCCACAUGGGUCUGUUCCGGUUCCGCUGUUACCUGGCCAGUCUGCAGGGAGGGGAGCUGCCCAACCCAAAACGCCUGCUAGCCGUCGCCUCCAGACCGACCAAGCUGGCCAUGGGGCGCCUCGGAAUCUUCUCUGUGUCGUCCUUUCAUGCAUUGUGCCCUGAGGAGGUGCCCUGA